CAGCAGUUUCUCAGCCACACCAAAUUCAGUGUAGAUGAGAUUGUGAAAUAACAGGGAGCCAGAAACCGCUCUCUCCCUCCAAAAAUGGCGAUCAGAAAUUUCACCAAUCUCUCCGCUCCGCCUCCCUUUCUCCGCUCCUCUCCGCCGCCGCAAUUCGCCUACAUCCUCACCGCCGCUCCCUCUCUCCGCCUCCACUCCCUCUCCACCGCAUUCUCUCCCCCCCGCCGCCGCCGCGUAAGCUCCGUCGCAUUCGCCUAUAACGACGGAAUUCCUCCCGGCGACGGCGGCGGUGGCGUAGGCGGCGGCGGCGGCGGACAUGGAGAUGGCGAGGAGGAUCGGGAGCGCAACAAGGCGGAGGCGAUUGUGGUGCUGGCGGAGGGGGGGAGGUCGGUGGAGAGCCUGCCGAAGGAUCUGGCGGCGGCGAUUGAGAGCGGGAGAGUGCCGGCGGUGAUCGUGGAGAGGUUUCUGGAGUUGGAGAAGUCGGCGGUGUGGCGGUGGUUGCUGCAGUUCGGCGGAUUUAAAGAGCGGCUUCUGGCGGACGAUUUGUUCAUGGCUAAGGUCGCCAUGGAAUGUGGCGUCGGGAUUUUCACAAAGACUGCUGCUGAGUUGGAGAAACGCAAGGAGAACUUUAGCAAGGAGCUGGAUUUUGUCUGUGCUGACGUGAUAAUGGCCAUUAUAGCAGAUUUCAUGCUUGUUUGGCUUCCUGCUCCCACCGUCUCUCUCAAACCUCCUCUAGCAAUCAGCGCUGGACCUCUCGCCAAGUUCUUCUAUGGCUGCCCUGAAAACGCCUUCCAGGUGGCUUUGGCGGGUACCUCGUAUUCAUUUCUUCAGAGAGUUGGUGCAGUAGUGCGUAAUGGGGCCAAGCUAUUCGGUGUAGGGACUACUGCUUCUCUGGUGGGCACGGGUGUAACGAACGCCUUGAUAAAUAUGAGGAAGAUGGUUGACAAAUCAUAUGCCGUGGAAGCAGAGGAUUUGCCUGUAGUUGCAACAAGCAUUGCCUAUGGGGUUUAUAUGGCAGUUUCUAGCAAUCUAAGAUACCAAGUACUUGCAGGAGUAAUUGAGCAAAGGAUUCUAGAGCCCUUAUUGCACAAACAAAAGUUGGCUCUGAGUGCAAUCUGUUUUGUCAUUCGAACUGGCAACACUUUCUUGGGGUCAUUGAUGUGGGUGGAUUACGCAAGGUGGAUCGGGAUUCAGAGAUCGAGAGCAUAGAAUGGGAAAAAAGGACACAUUUCAUUUGAGAAAUUAUUCGACGGUCGAGGUUAGUAGAGUACAACAUGGAUGAGUCUUAACUAGACCAAUGCGCCUAUAUAUAAAAUGGUCAUUUUUUCAAGUAGCGUUUCUCAAGUUUUAUAUAUGGAAUAGUUUGAAUCUGUGAAAUCUAUUGGAAAUGGUGGUAGAUAUUCUCCAAAAACAAAAAAGGGGGGAAAAAGAUGAAUAUUUGGGAUGUUUAGACUGAAGCAUAAGCGGUAUGAUUGAUUUGUUUUUAUGCAAUUAUUGUUUUAGCCUCAGUACAAAGACAAAUAAUUUUUAAGUAAUAAAUUGCUCCAUCUUGACUGAUUA